UUUUGUAGAAUUUCAUCUUGCUGUUUAUAAUAAAGAAUUUCAUUGAGCGAUUCAAGGACACAUCACACUCCAGAGGCUAAAGCAGUACUGUCAGUGGAUUAUUCUCCUUUCUCUUCUGCUGCUUGUCUUUUUAUCAAGAAAUACUACAGGAAGGUGUUCCAAUGUGGCACGAUACAACUGUUUAAAGUGGUCUGAAUAGCAUUUGAAUAUGAGGAGUCUGUAGACCAUAGAAGGCCUUUUAAAGUUUUGCUUAAAGAUCCUUUCCUUUCACCUCAUCUAAAGAAGUCAAAUCUUCUUCAUGUAGUAGUUUCAACAGUGCAGUAGCUUCUCCUGGGUCUCAUGCUGAAGGAAGGGUGGGCUCUAUUUCUUAAUGUUUGUAAAGGUAAAUUUCACUUAGUUGAAUAAUUUCAAGGACAAAGAUAAGAAUACCACUUUUCAAGUGAAGUGAAAUGCUUUAUAGGAAUAAUUGUAACAAACCAUUAUAAUUUUGUAAUGUCUUUUUGUAAGGAAAUGACAGAGGAUUAAUGAAGGCUACUUACAUUUCCAUAUAUGGACACACUAACUCAUAGACCAUUGUUAUUUGUGAAAAUAACACCUAUCAAAUAACUGUAAUGCAACACACUAUACAGAUGGAAUGUCCUUUGUCCUCUCAACCCUGACGUAUCUUGGGAACCCUUUUCCACAUAUUUUGUCCUCAGGGCCCCAAAAUGGGUACUGAUAGAAGCAAACUUCAUCCUCAUGAAGGCAGGUUUUCCACAGGCUUUGGCAGUCUACAAAGUUCAUUUCAGAAUAUAGAGUCAGGUGCUUGCUCUUAAUAACCCAACGGAGGAACGUCUUUCUUUGACUACAGAGCAUCACUGACUACAAAAAUACGUUAGGAGAUCUCUAUGCCUCUGUGUUACUCACUGCAUAGUCUAGUACUAAUCACAAUUAAUAGUUCCGUGAACACCUGAAAUUUCCAUGCCAGCUACAGAACUAAUAAUCAGUCAGCCUGAUUUAUACAUAUCUCAGCACAGAACAUAACAAAUAAAUGCUCCCUGGGGUGUGAAUUAAUAUUUUGGCUCAAAUUAACACGAAGCAGGGGAGGAUCCUUUCAAGUGUGGUACCGUGGGAUGGUGAUGAGAAGCAUGAAUUCUGGGUUUGGGCUUAGACUCACACUCCCUCAACACCUUUUAAAACUGAAUGAUGUUAAUCUAUGCUAAUUCCAGCCUCAUUAGCCUUUAUCUGCAGCCAUGAAGGACAUAUUUUUCUAACAUAUAUUGAAUACCCUAUUCCUGACAAGCAAAGAAAUAUGCAAUGACUUUUAGGCCUAGCUGGUAUUUUACUCGCAAAGAUAUGAGACUCCUGCAAUACCUGUGGGCCACAUACAUAAAGGUAAUUAGGGUUUUGUUUGUGCUGGAGAAAUCACCAGGUUGCUAGGUGAGCCAGGGAAUAGUGUGUAUUUCCAAAUCUCUCUGCAGUACUAUGGCAAAAUGAAGCUUACUUUCAACAAGGUGUGUGAACUGUGCCAGUGUGAAAGCAAUCAAGCAGCAACUUUGCCUCUUCUGUCUACUCUUUUAGCAAAGAUAUGAAAGAAAUGGGCAGAUGGAGGUGGUUUCAGGCUUUUAGCUUGUGACUUAUUGUUUUAUGGCAACCUGCUAAACCUGUCUGCAAAAUUUUGGUCAUAAGCUGUGCAACAGAGAAAGAUAGAGAGCCGGAUAGAAAAUAUAUUCUGGAUCUAAUCCAGCUUUUCAUCAUCACAGUAAACUUAACGACUUUUUGUUUAUCUGAGUCAAAAGUGUAUAUGUUAUAACAGAGUUAGACUAGGAGAUGUGAUCAGGAAUGACAGAACAUGUCAUUCCCAUGAGAAGAGGAAUGGGGCUUGUGUUAAACUUAAAAAGAGAUUCAUAUUACUACUUAUGCACUACUCCACAAGGUGCCUGGCUAUGGUGGCUGUCCUCAGCACAAACUAAGAUCACAACUGAGGCUGAAUUGCCCAUAUGCCUGGCAGAUUUGGUGUUUGCUUCCUCCUUACACUUCUCCAAUGUAAUGCUUAAUUAUUUUUAGGAUUGCAUCUUAGUUUUUUCCCAUCUUGUCUUGAAUUUGUCCAAAGCAUGCAAAGUAGUGUCUCUAAAAUUCUUAAAAAAAUCUCAGUCUCCUGUUUUUUUCUGAAAUGGUAUAAGGUUUGGCAUUUUUUCUGCAAAAUCUUUUCUUGAACAAGCCAAAAUCAUGAAACCAUUUUCUUUUCUCAUUUUACUCAAUAGAUAAUGGCUGAAAUUAGAGACUUUGCAGCGCUACCUGUUGUGUGUUGCAUUAAAUUAAUGUUUGCUUUAGUUAGAUGCACCCAUGCGCCGUUUUAAUGGCACAUUAAAUGAGGACAUUGAAUUCUAUGAGACCACUCAUGUGAAUAAUUGCUUAGAGGCUCAUUGUCUGACCCUGAAUUAAUGAAUUACAGACAUAUAUUAGUAGAAUCAGAGAAGUGAAAAUGAGAACAACCCUCUAUCUCUCAUUAAAAUUAUUUCAGCUUCUGAUGAGUGGAUUGUCUGGCUUUUAUUGUGUUUGGCCUCAAAUUCAUAAUUUUAUAAAACUCUCUGGUUUCAGGUAGCAACUUAAUUGCUCAAAGUAGGGAAUUGUCUGGCUGUGUUUCUAUUGCUCUUAACAGCACCCUAAUGGUAGAAACCUGCCUUUCAUAGAUAUUUUUCAGAAGUUGAGUUAAAAUAUAAUACUAGGUCCUCCCUAUAUGCAACUUAGUUGUAUCUGUCUCCAGAAAACAUAACUGAAAUAAAAUAAUAACUAUUCUUAUGAACUAUCACUUGAUGAAAGCGGUUUGUUCAUCAUGGAGAAGGUAGGAUUUAAUAAAGAAACCCUGAAGAUGACACUAAUUUAAAGUUAUUUUUCAUGUCAUAAUAAUUUAAUCUUAUUGAACUCUUCACUAAUGGACAGCAUCAUAUUUAUCUAUAUUGUAAGAAAUCCAGAUCUUCUCUCAGUGUUAUACUAGGAACAACAGGUUUCUUCCUGAUCUUAUAGGAAUCAUUAAAAAAAUGCAACAAAGAAUAUAUAAGAUAAGUAAUGUCAGAUUUGGUGAAAGACAUUUGAAAACUAAACUUUUUCCAAUUUUAUCAGACUUUCAUUCAUAUUCAAAAUCCUCACAGUCUAUUAAACAUUCCAUAGUGAAUUUAAAACUUUUAUCUUCCAAAUGUUCAGAACACAGGAAAUGUAUAUAUGGAGGUUUGUUAAUGUAAAACAUAUAUGAUACCAUCUUUAAAAGCUCGGAGCAAGUUCUAAAAAGCCAUGGUCUGCAUUCCUUUUAAUGUCUAAAAGAAGGAAGUUUAAGAAACAUGUUGUAUCAAGGGACAUGUGUAGAGCAUUAAUUACAGUGAAGGGAACCAGAAAACAACAGAGUUAAAAGAUAGCAUUUCUUUACUUUUCAAGGUUGGAUUUGACAGUGUGUGACCUGGUGAAGCUCUACUUGUUAUUAAAUGUUGUUUUGUUUUGUUAAUACAUGUAUACAGCCCUAGGACUCAGCAGAAAGGCCAGUAAUUUAAACAAGCGCAACAGUGACUGCUAUGAAAAUGUCUGUCAUUUUACCAGUACUUCCAUUCAGAAAUAACUGUUGUAGCCCAGAUAAUUAUUGUACAGCUACUGGGAUAAUGUCUUCUACUUGACAUGCAGUCCACUAAAACUUACAUCAAAAGCAUUAGGAGUUUGAAUGGCUUGGAGUGAGAAUAAAAUGAGAGGAUAUUAAUAUUCUGUAAGGUAACUGGCUUCUCUUGCACCAUGCUUGCUGGGCCAGGCUGGAAAAUAAUUUAAUUUCAUCAAUGCUUCCAACUUCUAAGUUGUAUCUUGUUCUGGUGCAGAAGAAAACAAGAGUUUUCAGAUAUAUUCUCAAAGAAGCCUGGGGAGAGAGAACCUGUAGCAAUUAGGUGGUUGGUGGUGAGAGCUAAGGAGUGGUGCAGAGCAGUGCUUGGGGCAGAGCACUACCAGAAAGCUGGACCUCAAAAAAUCCCCUGUAGUGACCUAACUGGUGAUGUGUUGAAUUGGGUGGGCUGAAUGUUGCUGGAGUAGUAGGUAUUGAAUGGCUACACAAAAUGGAGCAGUUCCUUUUGGAUUGCUCGGAAGAAAUGGAAAACUUUUCAUUGAAAACCUGGAAAAUGGAAAACCUUUUCAUUGAUUUUUGACCAUGUCCAGUAGUAAAUAGAGCCAAGAAAAAACAUUUAUAUGUUGACUUAUUAAUAGUAUUUAAUGAUAUUUUGUUUAAUUUUUCCCCCGAGUGAGCUUGCCAGCAGGAAUGUUUCCUGAAAGCAAUGGUGUCUGACCAAUAGAAAGCACAUAUUUUAUUAUUAUGUGUGGAUAAAAGUACCAUAAGUGUGAUCUGAAGAAUUAUUCUCAGGGAAUAGAAUACCCUUGCUAGUCCUAGACAAAACUGGAACAAAUAGCUGUUAAAAGAAGUUAUUUAAAAAAAAAAAAUCUGCAAAAUAUUUUCCGAAAUUGUUCAUUCCUUUAAAGGAAAGAAAUACUUAGAGAUUUGAAGAAGCAUUAAUUCUUCCAAUAGCUCCAGCUCUAACUGUGUGCUGAAAUCGUUAUGGUGUCAUUGGUGUUUUGAAGUUCACAUCACUGCAGAGAUUUAGAGCUGUCGUAAGCAAUGAAUCUGUUGCUGGAAACUUUGUGUGUCUGUGAAUCCAACUAAAUUCCUUCAAUCCUUCUCUGAAUCUGACUUGACAUAUGUGGUGUUUAUAUGUCGGGAAUUAAAAAAAAAAAAAAAGAAAAUUAUUGCUGUUUUUGUCAUUUUAAUGAAAUGGUACUGCAGCUCAAUUGAAACUUGUUUUAAUCAUUAGAUAAUCAGAGAAUAAUUAUGUGACAUUAAAACAUUGUAUUAGAUAAUAAUCUCUUAUUAUUUAUUAUGAUUAGAAGCACCAGCUAAGGGGCAGUAGGUCCCACAAGUCCCUUUGCUAACAAUCUCCUGGUUGUGUAGUGUAGGUAGGAACAGAACAGCACCAGUUUGCCUUGUAUGGAACUACUGGUUUUGAAUAAAUGUAGAAAGAAAGAAAGAAUGAAUGAACUACCUGUCAUGGUAUGUUCAUUUUCUGGGCCAUCCCCAUACAACCCUGAAUUCAAGGCAACCACUGUUUUCUUCUGCACACUGUGGAGCUCCAUGUUGCCAAACACUGUAACAAGGGAAGGUGUGGAUAGAUUCUUCUCAGCUUUCACAUCUGCUUUGCUCCCGCUCCAAGAACUUGAGUGGCUGCCUGUAAGAUGAGGGGGCCUCUAGUGAAACAAUGAAAAGGCUUCUGUAACUGACUGGAAGGAAAGACUGGAAGAGGGGGGGAAUCGCCAGCAAAGAGGGGAAGCAAAAGCUCCUGGGCAUGCUGGAGGGUAAGGGAUUUUCCCGCUGUUGAUGUCAGUGCUGAGUCGGUGGGACAGCCAGGCAUGGGGAAUGGCAGGAGGACAGGGAGGGCUGUGCAGAGACACUGCCUAGUGGCGGGUCACCUCUUGGACUUUAAGCAGCGAGGCUUCGCUGUUUUGCUCACAUUUCUUCAUUUCAUGGAUUCACAGCACACUGUUGCACUAAGACUGGGAGCUACAGUCUGCUUCCAGUCCACUUUGGAGUGAAUUCCAAUGGGAUUGCGCCACUUCUAUCACUCUUGAAGGGAAACUUUUUAUGGAGAAAAUCCUUAGUUGCCCUGUGGCUCACUUGUACUUGGUCAGCUACUUUGGCAUUUGAAAAAACGUUGUACAGGCACGGACCAGAGGUUAGGUCAGGACAAGAGAGAUGUUUUCCUUCUUUAAUUUUUGUGCUCCUGUUAACUACAGCUGGUAUAAAAUUCUGAUUACAUCUCUUAACUCUGCAUUUGAUUUUAUGGAGACACUAUUUAUUGACAAAAGCACAGUGCAGUCUGUCUGUGAAAUCUCACUGCUAUUAAAAGGUCUUUGAGGUCACAGUUUCUCAUCAUGGCAUUAAUAAUUUCUAUUUGUAUUAAUUAUUUGUCAAAUACUGAUGGUUACCAUCUGGAUGGAUUACAAAAACUGCUGUCUGUCCCAUUCCCAGAAAUCACACAGAAAAAAAAAAAAUAUCAAGUGGGUAUCCUCCGAAGUAUUUUAUUCAAUAAUUGCUGUAAUUAUUCAAUCAUGAAGUAAAACCAGGUUUCCAUUAGAGGUGCAUAUGUUAUAGUUUUGCUGAUCUAGGCAGCCCCCUGCUGCAUAAUCAUGAGUAUUUUUUAUUUAGUGAAUACUAAUGUCACUUGGCAACCUUUAAAAGUUUAUAAAAUCUGCUAAAGUUCAAAACCAUUUUAGAGAAAGGGCCAGAGUAAACAUUAACAACCUCAUUUGCUUAGGUUGGGUAACUUGAAAAGGCUGCAUAACACCAAUGAAAAUGCUUUGCCAAUCACAUUCUACACUAGAUUAGUCUUAAAGUCCAAGGAAGAAUCAAAGUUCACUUAAGCAUAAAAACUUCUGUCUAGCACUCCCUCUUAUCAUUUCCAAGUUUAAGGAAAGAGAAAAAUGAAGGAGAAAGAACAGUCAGUAGCUAUUGAGGAAAUAAUAGACUCCUCAAAAAUAAAACUGCUAUCUAGCAGCAUUUUGGAUAUAUAUAACAGUGACCAGGGAAUGGCACCAGCUAAUAUGGGUCUCACAAAUGCUUCUUGCCCAGCUAAUCUACCAGUAAAAAGGGAACUCACAGAAGCAGAUACACGAGCAAUGGCAAAGGAGAGACAGAAAAAAGAUAACCACAAUCUCAUUGAGAGAAGAAGAAGGUAUAAUAUUAAUUACCGAAUCAAGGAGCUUGGCACACUCAUCCCCAAGUCUAAUGAUCCUGAUAUGCGCUGGAACAAAGGAACUAUUUUAAAAGCAUCAGUGGAGUACAUCAAGUGGCUACAAAAAGAACAACAGAGAGCUAGAGAAUUAGAACACAGACAGAAGAAAUUAGAGCAUGCUAACAGAAGACUUCUACUUCGAAUUCAGGAGUUAGAGAUCCAGGCACGUGCACAUGGCCUUCCAAUCAUGUCUUCACUCGGUGCUGUCGAUUUAGCUGCACAGGUCAUCAAGCAACAGUCUUAUCCAGAGGAGAACUCUGUAGACUACUCUCAGCAAAUGCCUCUAGCACAUGGACCGAAUUCUGAUGUUUGCGAUGGACCUACAGCCUUUUCUGAUCCACUUUCACACUUCACGGAUUUGUCCUUCAGUGCAGCAUUAAAAGAAGAGCAACGGCUAGAGGAAAUUUUACUGGAUGACACGGUGUCACCCUUUGGAACAGACCCACUCCUGUCCUCUACAUCCCCAGCUGCAUCAAAAGAGAGCAGCAGGAGAAGCAGCUUUAGCACAGAUGAUGGAGAUGAUUUAUAAAAGCAGAAAGGGGCUCAUACUUCUCUAAACCACUUGCUAAAAGACUGAGUUGAAUGUAAGCAUAGUGUUUGUGCUUAUUUUAAAUACAAAUAAGGAGAGCCACUGUGAAGAUAAGUUACUACAUGACGAGGGUUUAAAUCAACCCUUGUUUCACAGGAAAACUAGGUGGACAUGAGGUCAUAUCAGUUUGCUCCAAAUUCACAUCCUCUGUCCACAGCUGACAUUUGCACAAAUCUUUCUUCACUGGGAUUGUUUUUACUAUUGUUCCAUGACUUUUUGCAGCACUAUCUAAAUAGUUACCACAAAAGGAAUAACCAUGUUACAAAAGUAUAUUAGAAAUGUCUUCAAUCUGCAUUCACUAUUCUCUGCUAUAAACUUGUUUUAGUAAUCUUUUAAUUUCUUUUUUUUUUAUAAAUAUAUAAAUAAAAAUUCUACAAAACAUAAAGCAAUAGGAAACUAUUUAAGCUGGGAACUAUAGAUAUUUUACAGGUUCUAAAAUCUGCAAAAACAAACAGUAAUGCUUUUGCACAGGUGAAGUGAGCAUGAAAUUUAAACUGCGUAGGCUUGUCUCUAAAAGGAGAAAAUCUAUUAAGCUUGUUGUAGAAUUCCUUUUUUUACAAAUUUGUAGAAAAUUAUCAGACUUUUAAUACAUGCUUUAAUGAUACAGAAGAAAAAUGGAAACUAACAUAAUGACAGAGACUAAAAUGAACUUGGACAGAAAAAGAUAUGACAUUUUAGCAGAAAGAUGGUACGGAUGUGCAAGGGUCAACAAAGAUGCUCUGUGUUACAAUUGGUACAAUUUAAAACAAACAUUGUUGGUAACAGUGCUAUGUCAGUUGCUUAUUCCAAGAGUAUACAAACUGUGUCCUUUUUCGUGUGGAAGAGAUCAGAAUCCAGGGAUACAACAGUGUGCUUCUGGACAAGACUUCCAGUGUCCUUUGGCAGCUCAGUAAGGUUUUUCCAAAGGGACUCUGCUUUAUCCAUACACAUGACUUUAAUCCAUUUGGAAACAGAGGGAAAUGACAAGAUUCUCGUUGCAUACACUUGAAACAAAGAGAAUUUAAUUUCAAAUUUGGCUUUGGCUUCCCUACAGAAGACCUGAAAAGGAAGAGUUUUCAAAGCAAAGGGGGUAUUCAGAAGUGCUGAUGCGAUGCACUGUUUCUCAUAACUAGCUUGCUAGGAGGGGGUGUUCAGAAAAUGUGUUUUGAUGACUCAGUAAAGGGUUGACAGUUAGAGGGUAGGCAGAAGGCGUACCAUUUGUACACAUAGUGAAUUUCUGGAGAGUGAUAUAUGUUCCUGGAGGACACUAAGUGCAAUCAUUCUAAUUGUAAUAUUAAUACACAGGAAAAUAAACCAGCACAGGUUCUUCACAACUCUUCCUCAACCAGAGCAAAAAGAUCACAUUACAGAGUGCUCUAAUGAUUCAAAAUAUGUUUCAAAAGUGUUUUGCUGUUACUGAGCCUGCCUCAUACCCCAGAAGUGUCACAGGGUUUGAGAUAGUAAGAAGAGAUUAAAAUAGAUUGCUGUUUAUGUGCACAUUUUAAAUGUAUUUGAACAUAUUAUCCAGGAACAGAGGAAUUGUUUUUCUCCUGCUGUCUCUUCUGUUAUUGGUACCUGGGUCCUCCUCACAGUUCUUCUGAGGUUUGUGUUCCUUCAGGGCUGCAGCUCAUUCAUGACCAACUCAGUGCCACAAUAGUUUACUAAUUGGAAAGUUAGCAUUGCGAUUAUAAAUUACAUCUGGAUGGCUAUUAAAGAUAAUGGGGUAUUUGAUUUCACAAGAAUAGUUAUGCUUUUAGGAAACUCAAGGAUUUCUCUGAGCCUAUGCAAAAUACUUAGAUGUGAGGUGUACAAAGCAGAACUGGUCUUCUUGUUGUGUAUGUGUGGGGUCCCAGACAGCCCCGCAUACACCUGACCAUCAGAAGAGGCUAAGAAAUGCUUCCACUUCGUAGUUAAAAAUAAUAACAACAAAAAAUGGUCUUUCUGGAAUGGAAAGACAAAUGAGUAUUAACCAAAGGUAAUGAAAAAUAGAAGUGAUCGGCCUUUUAAUCAGAGUGCUUCUAUAAACUGAACGUAUUACAAGAGGGACCGCUUUGUCACAGUUUUGCCAAAGACUAACUAAUAUCGACAUUUAAAUACAAAAUGUGAUGAAUUAAAAGUAACAUUUAUACUCACAUCAUGUCUAGUGUAGGAUGCGUAUUGUCCAUUUCAGCUGAUGAAAGGAGAGGAUACUUGGUUGAUAUCAAAUGCCAUUUGUCCUUGUACUGAAGUUUCUACUACAUUAGUUUUAAAUACACCAGUGUGCAUUGCUCAUAAUGGAGAAAAAUAAAUUAAAUAUGAAUGUAUUACAUGAUUUUCCCAUUGAACUUUUACAUGGGAGUUAGGCCAUACUUCUGAACUACACUGACUUUAAAUAACAUCUUGAAUUUUAUGACUUUUAUAAACACUGUUCUAAAAAAAACAUCACAGUGUAUCCAUUAAAUUUUUAAAAGUUGCUUUUCAUUCUUCUGACAGUUGCUUCAAUCUGAAGCAUUAGUUGUUUUUUUUUUUCUUUUUUCUCUUCCUUCAUAAGAAACCUAACAGAAGAUAGUGAAUGCUCCUUUUGCAAUAUACAGUAUUGCAGCUAUCAUUAAACAUAUACAAGCUGUCUUCAUUCACACAAAAUCCCCAACUCACUUGCCCAAAACACUAAAUGUAUCCAUACCUGUAAGUGUAUCUCUCAGUGUAUUUUAUGGCAAUGUUUUACUACCAUUUUUUUUUUCCUAGUAGGAAGUCCUCAUUAUUAGUAUUUUAACUAAUAACUAUAACCUGUAUUACAGCAUCUCCCUUGAUACUAAGUGGUGAUACAGGGUGCAAGAAACAGUAAUGUAGGACAUUCUAGGGACAAAUAGGUGGCACCAAAGGUGUUUAGGCGAUGCGUGUGCUGGUAACCAUCCCCUACACUUUCUGCAGCGAGCACUCCCUCUCCCACCCCAGGUCUGGUGAGGCUGCUGUGAAGCUGAGAGGUCUGUGAGAGCAGAUCAUGAUCCCACUGGCUUGCACAGAAGAAAGGGAUUUCAUGACUAGAGGAAUAAAUCCUGACGUCCUUCCCCAGGCACAAUUUCUUUGCCAUCCAAGUGAAUUUUACUGGACCAAUACAUGAUGCAAGCAAAAUACACUUUUUAGCUGUUUCCUGCAGAGAUCCGUUUAAUGAAAUCUCAUGAAAGAGAUACAUAAUAUGUCUGUGGCUCUGGGCCUAGAAAAGAAUUUAAAGACUUAUAGAGUUUGACCUCAAGCAGGGCAGGGGGUGAGGGGAACCAGCUACUUUUGUCAAGAUGUAUUAAAUGAGUUCUUGCUUGCUUUUAAUAGCAGCUGUUCAAAGCUGGUGGAAGCGUUCUUACAGAAUACACAAAACAGCAGAGUGAUAAUUACACAAAAGGAAAGGGAGUUGAAAUAUUAACAUCCUGUUUAAUUCAUGAAAUGGAUAUAGAUACUAUACUAAGAACAGAAACCUAAAUCAUUUAAUUGCACACAGUGCGGGUAGUGUGAAAAGCUACAGCAAGAGCAAACAGUUUUAACAAACAGGAACAUGGUUGCUUUAUAUAGUAAAAUAACUAAUUAUAAUUCAGUCAUUUAAUCUUAAUAAGAACAUUGCUAUUAUAAUACCUUUUGACUUUAAUAGGGCUGUAUAUAUCAAUGGAGGAUGUAAAAUUAUUGUAAUUUAAAAUUAUGUUAAGUUUCUUAGAUAAGUAAAGGCAUUUACAUUACUAUUAUGAGACUGUAGAAUAUUUUUAUAAUAAUUACUAUUUUUCAUUGUUAACCAUAUAGUAUCCUGUUUUCUAAGUCAAUGUAUGCAGACAGAAUGUACUUCAUUACACACUGUACAUGCAACCUUUUCAAAAUUACAUUUUAUACAUGCUGGUGUUUUAUGUUUAUUAUACAAAUACAAUUAAAGGAUUGAAAUUAAAACAUCUCCUUAUAUGUCCAUUGUGAAACUUCUCUAUCUGGUCCCUCAAAGAAUGCCAUCAUUAGACAAUAUAAUAACAUCAGCUAAGAACAUUUGAGAUACCUAACAGACAAAACACUUCACAAUUGCUAAACAUUUAGUCCAUUGUGAUAAAUCAUGAUCCAGUAGCCUCCCAUUAAUAAAAAUAAUUGAUACAGUCUUUAAUAUGGUGGUCUGCCACCUGCUUAUUCCUGCUUUGAUUUAUGGAAAGUGUUUUCAGAAUGUUGCAAAAUUGCUAGCAGGCGCGAUGAUAUCAGUUAAAUCACUAAGAAGCUCUACAAAAACCUUUUAAUGUACUAGAUGUUCCCCAGACACUCUAGGAUAAACAGAAUAUUGUAUUUUAAGAUGUAAAACAUUUUUAAAAGCUGGUAAUUAGGUAGCAUUUGGCACUAAAAGAUACUGUUACUUAAUGAAUUAAGUAAGGAUUCGGAUUUGAUUUUGAAUUCCUAAUAUCAAAAAUGCUGCUUUCUUUGGAAGAUAUUUGGUGCUUUCUGUGCAUGAAAUGGCGCAAAAGUUGUUGAGUAGUAAUAUAUAUUUCAGCUAUAAAUUUGUAAUAGUUCAUUGUUUCAUGUAAAAUAGUGAUCAUUGUUUGUGUACAUCAGAUAAAUAUUCUAUUUGUAAUAAAGAUGUUCUCCAGGC